GUGCUGCUCCCGGUGCGGCUCCCGGUGCAGAUCUCUCUGCGGGUCCCGGUGCGCUGCGGGCGCAGCAGACCCUCGGGGGUGCCGCGCCGCCGGGCCGGAGCCGAGCUUCCCCCGCCCUGGCAGCAUGCCCCGCGGGCGAGCCUGGACGCAAGCGGAGGUCAGCAGCCUGCUGGCGCUGGUGGGGGGCUCGGGGGAGGCCGCCCUGCUCAUGGCUUCCACGUCGCGACCCAACGAGGCGCUGUGGAGGGAGAUAUCCCAAGGGCUGGCAGCGGCCGGGUACUCGCGCAGCGUCGCCCAGUGCCGCUCCAAGUGGAAGGCGCUGAAGCAGGCUUUCCACUCGGAGCGGGAGACGCGCCAGAGGGCAGGACACCACUCAGACCGCCUGCCUCCGCACUACCGAGCCAUGAAGAGCAUAUGGAAGGCGGCCGGGCGGCCCGUGUUCGGGGAGCGCAGGAUGCCAGAAAUGGCGAAGCUGCCCUCUGGGAAGCGCAGGUCAGCCCAUGCUGCCUGCUCUUUAUCCUCACCAGAGCCACCAGAGCACAACGUUGACGGGGACACCCCGGGAACGUUGAUGUCCCCACUGCUGCGGUGUGUAAAGGACGAGCCAGAGACCCCAGUGGAUGGGGACCGCGUCGCUGGAGGGCCACCCGCUUCCCACACCAUGCCACGCUUUCACACUGCCCUGAAGCAGGAGGGAGUUGAGCAAAAGGCUGGUUUUCCUGCAGAGACAUCCCUGGGGAUGGCAAGAGGAAGCCGAGCGCUGCCAGCGGCCACCACAGCCCUGUGCUCCCCGGGUAUGGCUGCUGUGAGUGAGCAGCCAGCAGCGGGUGAAGAGGCAUCCAGCUCCAGCCUGCACGGCUCCGGUGUGGCGGGCCUGCUCCAGAACGUGCAGCAGCUCCUGGUGCAGAUCCUGCAGACAUCCCGGCAACAGCAGGCGCUGCUGGAGAGCCUGGCCAGCGACACCGUCUCUCACCUCCACCUCCUCUCCCACAGCCUGGUGCAAGUGGGGGAGACUCUGCACCAGCUCCUGCUCCGGCCACAAACUCACCCAGGCACCCUCGGCCACUACAUGCCCCAUGUACCCCUAUUCGAGGGCACCAGGGUGCCCUGCUCCCCUGGUGAUGCCCACACCUCCCCAGAUCACAAAGAGAAGCCUCAGGGGUUCCCUGACACAGGGUGCAUCCCACCGUGAGCACCACCAUCCGCGUACCCAGGGACGAUAGUUCACUCACAGCCACAGAUCUUUAUAGCAGAGGCACCGGAUGUUUUGGAAAUUUAUAGAAGAGAGACAUUUUAAUACAAUUAAAAAUAGGUUUUGUACCAGU